AUGCAACACAUUCUUCCACGCGGGCGGCUCCUAGCCCAUGCCCGCUCCCCAACAGACACUCGACGAGCAUCCGCACCUGCACGCAAGUUCUCGCUUAGUUAUAAUAGUAUAGAAUAUACUAGGCCCACUGUUUUUUUUGGUCUGCUGAUCGACCCGUCAAGAGGCUGUAAUUGA